AUGUCGGGAAUCCCGCACGAGGAGCUCCCCAUUUUGGAGGCAUUGAUCAAUAUCCGCAAUCAGCUUACGGCACUGAAAAAGAACGGGGCGGAAUAUACCAAGACGCGGGAUGUGGAAGCGAUUUACAGUGCAGUGAUCAAGCAGAGUAAGUACCAUCGUAUGUUCACCCUAGUCACAAAACUGAACAAGAUUCGCGAGGAGCAGCAGGUAUCGGAUGCUUCACAGGAUACGACGGGGACCGAAAGUAAUGCGAGCAGCGGAGGGGUUACGAAGAGCACACGAGUAGAUACCAUGCUGGUCGACGUAUUUUACUUGCUCAGUCUCUUUUUCAUCACCGUUGGCCGGAGCCGCGAGUGUCCUGCGAUGUACAGUCAGAUCGGAUGCAUGAAGCAGUUGUUGGACCAUUUUGACGAGUCUGCCGUGUAUACAGAAGCGGAUUUAAAGCCGUUUGCGUCGCGCAUCGACGAACUGCGCGAGAUUGUAAAGCACGACGAACGAGAAAAUAAGCACCCCCCGCAACUCACAAAGCUGAUUAUGCGCAAACUGAAUGCGUGUCAGCAGGUACUGAGCCAGUUACAGAACCGCUUAUCCGUCCUCUCUGUGGAAUUGCUUCCGAUCCACCAAAAAUUGAUACACAUUCGCCGGCAACUGUUCGCCGCUGCAGCAAAGCCUAAGCCAGCCAAGGCCGAUAUAAAGCAGCUACUUGAGGAGCUGCGCAAGAUUGAUGCAAAGCGCGUCGAUGGAAAGUUUCUCGGGCCCGGCGGCUCUUCGGUUCCAGAAGGCCAAGAAGUGCUGGCAGGUUUGCUCGAGUCAUGCUUUGACUUUAGCAACGAUAUCUUGGUGCGCAACGGCACCGUAUCAUCUACGCUAUUACCUAUUUACGAUCGGCUAAUUGAUACAAAGCAGCAGCUGGAGCACCUCGAGCAGCGGCACAGAUGGACUCUGCGCGAAACAGAUUUGUGGACAUACCACCUCACCCUCAAAGAUGUUGACCGGCUCCGUGUCAAUGGCAAAUUCGUGGACAAUGAAGGCAAGCAGCCCGAGGGUCAGCAGCUGCUUUUGUACCUUUUGCGGCGGUGCUACAACUUGAUCAACAAGCUCAUCUCCUCCUCAGAGCCACUGUCCGAGGAGCUCAUGCCCGUCUCAGAUAAGCUUUCCACGAUAUCCAAGUGUCUGAAGGAGCUGAGUAAGUAUGGCGGUGCAUUUAAUUUGCGCGAAAUGUACCCCUACCGCCUUGCGCUGCACCAAAUUGCCACCGCACGCAAGCCGCUGCUCGACAAGGAAGGAAAUCCAACAAACGAGCUAUGCUGGUACGCACCGGAUGGAUCUGUGCCCGAGGGCCAAGGGAUCAUUCAGGCGCAGUUUGAAGAAGUCGAACAGACGAUCGAAGAGUUCCUCAACCGCGAAGAGGAAGAUACUGACGAGGACACUGAGACUUGGGAAGGCUCCGUUGCCAGCAGUUGCAAUACGACCGAUAUCGGUACGGCGAGCGAGAGCGAGCUUGUCGUAUCCUCGACUAUGCUUGGAAGCCGCUCUUCCAGUACAGUAAGCCUGCCGCUGGACGCGGAUGUGGCGAUCAAUUCAUUGGCUAUUGCAUAA